UUUGAGAAGAUGAAAGUCAUGACUCUGUUGGCUCUUUCUUGUUUGGCUUUGAUAAAGAUAUCAAAUGCCGGAUAUGCCCUAGAAGACUACAGCAAAGAGAAUUGUCCGAUCUGCUACAACCCCAGAGUGAACCUGCCCGAUGAGUGUACACAGGAUGAUGCAGACAAGACAAGAACUGAAGCGUGUGAUGAGGCUGAGUUUUGUUACAUUAUGAAGUUGGAAGAAGGUGCUGUUCCAGACGCAGAAAGUACAAACACGAACUAUCAUAAAGACUACAAUGCCCAAUUUCUUUGUGCCACCGAAGAGGAAUUCGGAAAUAUGAAGCGUAAAGGACAGACAGUCAGAGAUGUGGAAGUUACAACUGCUGCGCCCACAGGCUCAACAACAGGAACAAUUGAGAUAGUUACGGAGGAACCGACUGAAACCGCACAAGAAGUCACAUCUUGCGGAGCGGGAAAACAGCCGGGCGCAGAGACAGGAUGUGAGAAAUGUCCGGAAAAUACCUACAGCGUGGAUGGGGCAGCUUGUGUAGAGUGUCCUGGUGAAACACCCGUUACUAACGUGCCCAGAGGGGCUACCAGUCCUGAGCAGUGUUUUGCUGGUUGUGCUGCUGGAAAGUUCCUUCUUAAGAACGGCAAGUGUGAAGAUUGUGCUGACAACUACUACAGUACUGACGCUGUACACAACACUCAGUGUGAGGAGUGCCCUGCUGGGUCCGCUAAACAACCUGGCAGCUUGCCUGGCAACGACUGUACAACACUAAACUGUGAACCUGGUAACCUCUCCUAA